AUGUGUGGUAUUUUCGGAUACGUCAACUACCUGGUCGAGAAGGACCGCAAGUUCAUCCUCGACACCCUGCUCAAUGGUCUUUCCCGUCUUGAGUACAGAGGAUACGACUCCGCCGGUCUGGCCAUCGAUGGCGACAAGAAGAACGAGGUCCUGGCCUUCAAGGAGGUUGGCAAGGUGGCCAAGCUGAGGAAGCUCAUAGACGAGGCCCCAUUGGACCUGACCAAGGUCUUCGACUCACAUGCCGGCAUUGCCCACACCCGAUGGGCCACUCACGGUCCCCCUUCCACCGUCAACUGCCACCCUCACCGAUCUGACCCCAACUGGGAGUUCACUGUUGUCCACAACGGUAUCAUCACCAACUACAAGGAACUCAAGACUCUCCUGAGCAGCAAGGGCUUCAAGUUUGAGACUGAGACCGACACCGAGUGCAUUGCCAAGCUGGCCAAGUACAUCUACGACCAGCACCCCCAGAUUGGUUUCACCGACCUCGUCAAGGCCGUCAUCCAGGAGCUUGAGGGUGCCUAUGGUCUGUUGAUCAAGUCUGUCCACUACCCCCAUGAGGUUAUUGCUGCCCGAAAGGGUUCUCCUCUCGUCAUCGGCGUCAAGACUCAGCGCCGCAUGAAGGUCGACUUUGUCGACGUGGAGUAUGGCGAGGACAACCUUCCCCUCUCCGCAGAGGCUGCCUCUCAGACCGUUGCCCUCAAGAAGGAUGGCGAACUCCUCGCCCCCUCCAGCGCCCUGGGUGCUCCCGACAAGUCUCUCCUCCACCGCUCUCAGUCGCGUGCUUUCAUGACUGACGACGGCAUGCCCAUGCCCACUGAGUUCUUCCUUUCUUCCGACCCCGCUGCGAUUGUUGAGCACACCAAGAAGGUCCUGUACCUCGAGGAUGACGAUAUUGCUCACAUCCACGAGGGUUCCCUCAACAUCCACCGCCUGAAGAAGGCCGAUGGCAGCUCCAACGUCCGCGCCAUCCACACUCUGGAGCUUGAGCUUCAGGAGAUCAUGAAGGGCAAGUUCGACCACUUCAUGCAGAAGGAGAUUUUCGAGCAGCCCGAGUCCGUUGUCAACACCAUGCGUGGUCGUCUUGACAUUGCCAAUAAGACCGUCACUCUGGGUGGUCUCCGUUCAUACAUUGCCACCAUCCGCCGAUGCCGCAGAAUCAUCUUCAUUGCCUGCGGUACCAGUUACCACUCUUGCAUGGCCGUCCGUGGUAUCUUUGAGGAGCUUGCCGAGAUUCCCAUCUCUGUCGAGCUGGCCUCUGACUUCCUUGACCGCAAGGCCCCGGUCUUCCGAGACGACACCUGCGUCUUUGUCUCCCAGUCUGGCGAGACUGCCGACUCUCUGAUGGCCCUCCGCUACUGCUUGGAGCGUGGUGCCCUCACUGUCGGCAUCGUCAACGUGGUUGGCUCUUCCAUCUCUCUCCUCACCCACUGCGGUGUCCACGUCAACGCCGGCCCCGAGAUCGGUGUCGCCUCCACCAAGGCCUACACCUCCCAGUUCAUUGCCAUGGUCAUGUUCGCGCUCUCCCUUAGUGAGGACCGACUGUCGAAGAAGGCCCGCCGAGAGGAGAUCAUGGAAGGCCUGGCCAACGUCUCCGCCCAGAUCAAGCAGAUCCUUGAGCUCGACCAACCCAUCAAGGACCUCUGCCAGAAGGUCUUCAAGGAUCAGAAGUCCCUGUUGCUGCUUGGCCGCGGCAGCCAGUUCUCCACCGCCCUCGAGGGUGCCUUGAAGAUUAAGGAGAUUUCCUACCUCCACUGCGAGGCCGUCAUGUCUGGUGAGCUGAAGCACGGUGUCUUGGCCCUGGUCGACGAGAACCUCCCCAUCAUCAUGAUCCUCACUCGUGACGACAUCUUCACAAAGUCUCUCAACGCCUACCAGCAGGUCAUUGCUCGUGGUGGCAAGCCCAUUGUCAUCUGCAACCCUGGCGAUGAGGAGUUCAAGGCCUCCGAUGCUCUCAAGAUUGAGAUCCCCAAGACGGUCGACUGCCUGCAGGGCAUCCUGAACGUUAUCCCUCUGCAGCUGAUUGCCUACUGGCUGGCCGUUCUCGAGGGCCUUAACGUGGACUUCCCUCGAAACUUGGCCAAGUCUGUGACUGUCGAGUAA